GCAGUUGCACCUCCCGAACGCCUGGAAGUCUUGCCCGCAUCCCCAUCGUCAUCUGCGCACACCUGGCUUCGCGAACAGGACGCCCCAUCCUCAGACGCUUCCUCCCGCAAAAUCCGUGCUUAGGCUCGAUUUCGAGUAUUGUUACUCAUUUCGAAAACAUAGUCUACACAACGUUUGGCGAAAAUGGCAGCACAGGCGAUUAAGAGCGCUCUUCCCUCGCACCUCAAGCCGUCCAACGCCGGCAACAACGGCGACGAGGCCGAGUUUGCCAAGAGGCAUCAUGGCAAGACGAGGUCGCAUAUGGCCUUUGAGAACACAUCGACCAACAUUGCGGCCGCUCAGAUGCGCAAUGCCCUGACGAACCUGGCCGAGACAGUCAAGGACCCAGAGCAGAAAAAGCUGUUCGAGACCGAGAUGGACAACUUCUUCUCCCUCUUCCGCCGGUAUCUGAACGACAAGGCCAAGGGCAAUGAAGUUUCGUGGGACCGUAUCGCGCCUCCCGCUGAGGGUCAAGUAGUCGACUACGAGUCCCUCGCAAACUCCGAGUCGGUCAGCUUUCUCAACAAGCUGGCCGUGCUCAAGCUGAACGGCGGUCUCGGCACUUCGAUGGGCUGUGUCGGACCCAAGUCCGUCAUCGAAGUCCGCGAUGGCAUGUCGUUCCUCGACAUGUCUGUCCGCCAAGUUGAGCACCUGAACCGCACCUACGGCUCCAAUGUCCCCAUCGUCCUCAUGAACUCAUUCAACACAGACGAGGACACUGCUGCCAUCAUCAAGAAGUACGAGGGCCACAACGUGGAUAUCCUCACCUUCAACCAAUCCCGCUACCCCAGGAUCUACAAGGAUUCGCUCCUCCCGGUGCCCAAGUCCUUCGACUCACCGGUGCACGACUGGUACCCGCCUGGACACGGCGAUGUUUUCGAGUCCCUGUACAACUCGGGCAUUUUGGAUAAGCUCCUCGCCCGCGGCAUUGAGAUCAUCUUCUUGUCCAAUGCCGACAACCUCGGAGCUGUCGUUGACCUCCGCAUUCUGCAGCACAUGGUUGAGAGCGGGGCCGAGUACAUCAUGGAGCUGACCAACAAGACCAAGGCCGACGUUAAGGGCGGUACUAUCAUCGACUACGAGGGUAGCGUGCGCCUGCUUGAAAUUGCCCAGGUUCCCAAGGAGCACGUCAACGAGUUCAAGUCAAUCAAGAAGUUCAAGUACUUCAACACCAACAACAUCUGGAUGAACCUCAAUGCUAUCAAGCGCGUCGUCGAGAACGACGAGCUCGAGAUGGAGAUCAUCCCUAACGGCAAGACCAUUCCGGGCGACAAGAAGGGCGAGUCGGAUAUCAGCAUCCUGCAGCUCGAGACGGCUGUGGGAGCCGCCAUCAAGCACUUCAAGAACGCCCACGGCGUCAAUGUUCCCCGCCGCCGCUUCCUGCCUGUCAAGACUUGCUCUGACCUCAUGCUUGUCAAGUCCGACUUGUACACGGUCAAGCAUGGCCAGCUCCAGAUGAGCGCCAACCGCUUCGGCGAUGCGCCUCUGAUCAAGCUGGGAUCAGACUUCAAGAAGGUUUCGGACUUCCAGAAGCGCAUCCCCAGCAUCCCCAAGAUCAUCGAACUCGAUCACCUAACCAUCACGGGCGCUGUCAACCUUGGCCGCGGCGUUACCCUCAAGGGCACCGUCAUCAUCGUUGCGACAGAAGGCCAGACCAUCGACAUUCCACCGGGAUCCAUCCUGGAGAACGUGGUUGUUCAGGGUAGCUUGCGCUUGCUGGAGCAUUAACGUGUUUCUUCCAUGCGCAUGGGGAAUCGGGAUUGUUUCUCAUAAUCUGCUGUCGACUGCGUUGUCUUGUACUGCCUUCUAUAUCUCGACUGCCUUUGCAUAUACUUCAAAGGGAAAGGCCGGGGAGGAUUUACUAAUACAGACGAUGGAAGUCUAGUGCAGGUGAUGCGACCCAUGAACUCGAGGGUGCGCAGACGUCGAGCAGGGAAAACCCUUGAGUUCCGGAGUGGGUGAACAAUAGAAAGGAGGCUCCCUAAUACAUGCCUACCAGUCAUAGAAACGUUCCGUAGUGGUAGCCUGUCCCGGUGCGGGACGAGCGUUCCUGGUGUAG